AUGGACGCGACAACCGGCUUUAACGCGCACGGAAUAGAGAUGGAUAUUCCGGAGCGCAGACAGUGCGCGGACCAAUGCCGGAACGUGAGCCGGCCGGACCUUUUCCCGUCAGAGGCGUAUUUUGAUCGCGUCUUCAUCGACAACGUGACUGACGAGGAGGCGACAUACAGAACGAUCGUCGGUACAAACCUCGAUCUGAACGAUACAUUAAGCGACUUCUAUAGUGCGGAUCGAACGUUAAACGUCACCUACGCUAAUUAUACGAGUGAUAGCCCUUGUGCCAGUGGUUAUAAUCUGUGGGCUUUGCCAUUGCUAGUGUUCCCCGUGCUAACUCUGUUUGGCAACGUGCUAGUGAUACUAAGCGUGGCACGCGAAAGGAGUCUGCAGACAGCGACGAACUAUUUCAUAGUGAGCUUGGCGGUUGCUGACCUUCUGGUCGCGGUUGUCGUCAUGCCUUUUGGCGUCUAUUAUUUGUUUAAUGGUGAAUGGGGCCUGCCGGCAGUGGUUUGCGACUGCUACAUCGCCAUGGAUGUCACGUGUUCUACCUCAAGCAUCUUCAAUUUAGUCGCCAUAUCCGUUGACAGAUAUAUCGCGGUAACGCAACCGAUUAAGUACGCGAAGCACAAAAGUAAUGCUCGCGUGUGGCUCAUGAUUGGUGUCGCUUGGCUUGUCUCUGGAGCCAUAGGCUCCCCUGUAGUCCUGGGCCUUAACAACACCCCUGACCGUAGCCCCAGCGCGUGCCUAUUCAACAGCACUGACUACGUAAUCUACUCGUCGCUAGGCUCCUUCUACAUACCCUGCAUCAUUAUGAUGUUCCUUUACUACAAUAUUUUUAAGGCCAUUCGCCAAAGAGCAAAAAAGCAACGCACAGCGAAGAAGACUGCGUCUGCAGUUGGCUCGACAGUCUCCAGUGGUACCGCGGCAGUAGUUAUCGAGAACGCAUCGUACAAACAGCGAACAAACGACAGCGGCUGUAUGAUGCAGGAUGACAGACCAACAAAUACUGCAUCUGGCAGCAACGAGGACGACGAUGACGAGAAGUCCUAUUCUUCCAGUUUUGAUCGCACCGAGAUGGGAGUAUACGCGGAGGAGUUGGCCAAUACGAGGUCAACGAGAUUUAUGCUUGCCGCGGUAGUUGAAGAAACUGGUUUGAUCAUGGCUAACUUAGCAUCACCGAUACCAAUGAUGGACCCGAAUACAAACAAUGAUUCGGGCUAUGUGCCUUCAAACGUGGACGGAGAUAAGGAGCACACGCCGCCACCCUCUCCGAAUCACAAAGAUAAGAAGAAAGAAGAAGGCAAUCGUGUACCGAGGAAACCUGAAUUAAAAAAGAAGCUCAGUCGUCUCAGCAACAGUCCGAUGAUCACCACGCCACGGAGACGCUUCAAGAGCGCAGCAUCGGCGGCACGAUUCACAAUGUUUCGUGCCAACAGAGCUGGCAAGAUGCGGGCAAAGUCCUUUGCGAAAAAAGAAAAAAAGGCUACACAAACUCUGGCAAUUGUUCUGGGUGUGUUCCUCUUCUGUGGGCGCCAUUCUUCACUUGCUCCGUGC